CUUGUUUAGCUGGGAAUUAUUCUACAAUAUCAUCCUGUGUCUGAACAUUUCACGUUUUAAUAGAGCAUCUUACGAACAAACAUGAACUUUAGAGUUAUCCUAUCAAUUUCAAUGAUUCUUCUGUGUCUUUUCUUGGGUACUGCAAAGACCAACCCACCUUCAGAUGAAGGAACAGAGCCUAACUGUGAUGUAGGUGCAUCAUCAAGAUGCCCACGGAAUUAUGAUCCUGUAUGUGGAACUGAUCAGCAUACAUAUGACAAUGAAUGUCUGCUCUGUGUGGAAAAGAUAAAGAGAAGUGCUCAUAUUAAGAUCUCCAAAAAAGGAACAUGUUGAUGAUCUUGAUUCUGUUACAAGAAAGAAUUCUCACAAAUUGCUGGAUAUACGCAGAAAUCAUUGGGUUAAGUCCUUAUAGAUACUGAGAUGCACGCUUCAAAUAUUCUUACUGCAUAUAAAGUCUACACUUGAGUCCAGAGAAAACCAAGAAAAAUGAACAAAACAUAAUUUUAAUGAUUGAAGUAAUCGGUAAUAAAAGUUUUGGGGAA